UUUUUUUUUUUUUUUUUUGGGGGGGUGGGGGGGAGAGCCUUGCCCUCACUUUUCAGAGGACUAAUGUAUGAUAUGGCUGUUGCCCUGUUCAGAGUUGUUUCCUAGCCUGAAGGAUGCAGUUAUAUCACAAGAUACAGAUUCCCCCAGAGCCCUUAGGUCUGUCAGUCUUUCUGGUGAGCCCAGCCACUUACAGACUUCUUCAGAGGCAAUGAGAGCAAGUGGUGGCCUCGUGGAGAUUGCUGCCUACUUAGGCAGAAGUGGCCAGUGUGUGAACAGAUUUGAGGUCAGUAGAGUGUCGUUCAGACCUCAGGUAUUUGGGGGAAUGGAGUUAGCUGAUCUGUGAGAACCCGGGAAUGGGGAGAUGUGCUACCACACAGGGCUGUGUCUGAUUUACCCUGGGGAAGAACUUAUGACAGUUGACAUUGAAUUUGAACAAAGAUGAGAAAACAGUGCUUGCAUGCUGAGUGUUGCUGGCAUGGGAUGAUAAAUGCUUCUCACAGUGGGGUUCCCACUCAUAAGCAGCAGAUAGAGAGGAGAUCCUAUGGGAGGGCUCAGCAAUGACACGGCUUCCUGGGAAGACCCCAUAGGAGGAGAGCUGUGAAGAUCUGGGAGGCUGGGCAUAGUGGGAAAUACUAGAGGGGACACAUUCUUAUGUCAUUACAAAGUGCAGGUGGCACUAGGGACACCAAUAGCACGUGAGUGCCCCCACUCAGCAUUCUAGGAGAGAGGAGGAGAUAGAUAGGGUCUUUAUCUAUCUGACCAGGAAGGGUGGGCAGGGCUGACCAUCUAGAGCCUUUAUAAAAAGCUGGGGAAGAUGGAGCCGUGCUUGCUGCUGGGGGCGUGGGGCUCCUGGGAAGGUGCCGCUUGCUCUCUAAACUGCGAGUCUGAGCUGAUGGUACUGCUCAGGAGAGGUGCUGUGUGCAGAGAGGAGUAUGGGUUGGCUAGCCUGGCCUGGUGGUCUUUAGUAUUGAUUAGUCUGUGUGGUUAUUGUAUGUUCUAAUCCAUUUUCUAUUAAGUGUCAUGACUAGUCAUUUAUAAAGACAAAAGUGUUGUGCUUUUGUUUUUUUUUUCCUCAGUGCUGGUCCACAGUGGGGGAGGGGUUGUAUCUGAUGAUGGCUUUAUUGCUGACACUGUGGUAGGAGACAAGUAGUGUUAUUGAGACCGAAAUAGAUCCUCACUUGUGAGGAGGCUGUGGGCAGAUUGCCACUUGAGGCCAGUCUGAGCUGCAUAGUGCAACCAUCUCAAAAAGUGCAGGGCUGGGGAUAUAGCUCAGUGCCCAGGCCUUGCAGAUUUUAUUCAAGGCCUGGAUUCUGUCCCCAGAGGCCAGACUCAGGAGAUCAACCUACUGGUCAUGUGAUGGGAUUGAUCCCUCCCCAGGCAUCCCUAAUCAGAAUCUUGUGAUCUUCAAGAUCCUCGGGCCCCACCUCUUAGUCCUGCACUGUGGGAUUGGGUUAGCUCUCGUGUUCAGAAGGGAUAGGGUAGGCUUUUUUACUGUGUUUUGUCUGUUCUUCCUUAGAAGCAGCAAAAAUUCCCUUUAAAGUUUAAAGUUCCAAUAAGCAGAAGAGAACAGCCCCUCCUUAGGUUUAGCUAGUAUGGUGCCACCUGCGCCGUAGGGCCUUUUCUCCCCGUUUCUUUCUUAUUGAGACAGUUUCAUUAUAUAGCCUUGACUGACCUGCUAUGUAGACCUUGAUGGCCUAGAACUUGACAGUCCCUCUGUCUCUGCCUCCUAAGUGCUGGGAUUGCAGGCAUGUGUCACCAUGCACAACUGUUAUGACAGGGAGGCCUGAGUAGACAGAGCCCUGUGGACUCCUGUGUGUCACAGGGCCAGGCUUUACCAGCCUUAGCUCCACAAGUCAUCAAGGCCCAACAGAUGCAGGGGACGGGGAUGUGCCUGACUGGACUCACUCCUGCCUCCAGGUGGCAUCACUACUCCCAGCCCCACAGGACAUUCCAAGCACCACCUAAAUGCAUGCUCAACAACCAGAGAGCCUGAGAGCCCAUAAGUCUCCUUUUGGUUCAGAGAUCUUGUGUUUGUGUAUAAAAUUCACCUCACAAGCUUGAGAAUGCUCUCGUCCUGGAGACUUUAGGUCUACUGGCAGUGGUGGAAGUAAUUCCCUGGCUUCCUCCAGGGUGGACCCCUCAUCUGGCUGUGACCAGGACAGGCAGCUGGGAGGGGCUGGGAUUGUGGCUGGAGAAGGAACUGGGGAGAAAAACACUCCUACUUGAGCAAGGAGUCCUUCACGCCUACUGAAGAGCACGUGCUGGUGGUACGCCUGCUGCUGAAGCACCUGCAUGCCUUUGCCAACAGCCUGAAGCCAGAUCAGGCUUCGCCAUCUGCACACUCCCAUGCCACCAGUCCGCUGGAGGAAUUCAAACGGGCCGCAGUGCCUCGCUUUGUCCAGCAGAAGCUGUACGUCUUCCUGCAGCACUGUUUUGGCCACUGGCCUCUGGAUGCAACCUUCAGAGCUGUCUUGGAGAUGUGGCUGAGCUACCUGCAGCCAUGGAGGUAUGCCCCUGAGAAACAGGCUCAGGGCAGCGAUCCCCAGCCACGGUGUGUGUCAGAGAAGUGGUCUUGAGUACACGGCGACCCUAGAACCCCAUCUCCUUGUUCGGCCUAGCCUGGCUCCAUGGUCACCCUAUCAGCACAGAGGACUGAGGGCACCCUUCAUCCAGGAAAACCUGCUGAUGUACACCAAGCUGUUUGUGAGCUUUCUGAACCGUGCCCUACGCACAGACCUUGUCAGCCCCAAGAAUGCACUCAUGGUCUUCCGAGUGGCUAAGGUCUUUGCCCAGCCCAACCUGGCUGAGAUGAUCCAGAAAGGUGAGCAGCUGUUCCUGGAGCCGGAGCUCAUCAUCCCCCACCGCCAACACCGGCUCUUCACAGUCACCACCAGCUUCCUGUCACCAUGGCCCCCUGUUGUGACAGAUGCCUCCUUCAAGGUGAAGAGCCAUGUCUAUAGCCUAGAGGGCCAAGACUGCAAAUAUACCCCAAUGUUUGGUCCUGAAAUCCGAACCCUGGUCUUGCGCCUUGCUCAGCUCAUCACACAGGCCAAGCAGACUGCCAAGUCCAUCUCUGAUCAGUAUGUGGAAAGCCCAACUGGCCGCUCCUUCCUGUCAUGGCUGACCUUUGGCCUCACAGACACAAAUAGCUGCUACCCAGCCAAUGACCUGGAUGAAAUAGGUCAGGACAGCAUCCGCAAGACAGACGAGUACUUAGAAAAGGCCCUGGAGUACCUGCGCCAGAUAUUCCGGCUCAGCGAAGCCCAGCUGGCCCAGCUCACGCUUGCCCUGGGGAGUGCUCGGGACGAGAAUGGGAAGCAGCAGCUCCCAGAUUGCAUUGUGGGGGAAGAAGGACUCAUCCUUACACCCUUGGGCCGCUACCAGAUCAUUAAUGGUCUGCGAAGGUUCGAGAUUGAGUACCAGGGAGACUUAGAGCUGCAGCCCAUCCGGAGCUACGAAAUCACCAGUCUGGUCCGUGCACUCUUCCGGCUGUCCUCUGCCAUCAACCGUAGAUUUGCAGGCCAGAUGGCAGCUCUGUGCUCCCGGAAUGACUUCCUUGGCAGCUUCUGUCGCUACCACCUCACUGAGCCUGCCUUGAGCAACAGACAUCUGCUGAGCCCUGUAGGGCGGAGGCAGGUCACCAAUCCUGCACGGGGCCCCAGGCUCAGCCUCCGUUUCCUGGGCAGUUACCGGACACUGCUCCUGCUCCUGAUGGCCUUCUUUGUGGCUUCUCUGUUCUGCAUUGGGCCCCUGUCCUGCUCCUUGCUCCUGGUCCUAGGAUACGUCCUCUAUGCCAUAGCUAUGACACUGCUCACUGAACGGGGGAAGCUGCACCAGCUCUGAGCUGCUGGCCAUCCUCUCCUGAGCAGACUGUGGCAGGUUGCUUAGAAGCCAGGAAUAGAGGGGCAGGUCAUCUUCAGUGUUCUUGGGAGUAGUUUCCCUGCAGUGGUGGAGUUAUUCAAAAGAACAAAGAGUUGGAAGGGAGAGUGAUCCAGGCAGGCCUGACACAGAAGGGUCAGUGUCAGAAGGUUCAUAAGCCAUUGUGUAAGACAAUCAGUGCUGGCCAUGGCUCCUCACCUUCAGUCCAAGGGCACACAAGCAGCUCAAUAUCCACUCCAGGGGAGAAGCAGGGUUCUAAGAGACAGAGCUUGGGGUUGGAGCUUGGUCUGGCCAGCCUCUGUGGACACAAAGCAAAAAAGCAUUGGUUUUGCCUGUAAAACUAAGGAAUUUAAGGGAGCGUCACAUUUGUAACAACACCUGUAUGAAAAAAACACCUUCACAUCAAAGCUAAGACACCAAAGGGCUCAAGUUCACCCUGCAGGUGAACACCACCAUCUCCAAGGUGUUCUUAAACCAGCCCUUUUGUUGUGGGUGUGUAGCUGUUUUUAAAGAAAAAAAAAUACCAACCUGUUUUUUUUCAAAGUUAUCACUGGGCUUUGUAUUUCGAUGUAACUUCAGAAUACAUCAUGGGACCCAUGACCAAAAGUCAGCUCAAAACAUAACUGAACAAGGAUCCGAAUAAACCAUUCUUGCUUCGGAGAUUGUCUGGGCUGAAUCUUUAGCCUGUUUACCUGCCAAGGGUCCCUGGGCAUUUGGGAACUGUGGAGCAAGCUCCUGGACACGGUACCUCCUUACCUCGUGAUGGAGUUCUUUCUGACUGAAAGUCCCCUUUCAUGCCUAGGGCAUGUUGGAUUCAACUUCUGCAGAAACAAGACAAGGCAGACUAACCCUGAGGUGGGGGCAGGCCCUGUGGUGCCCUGAGAACUGAUUUCCCUGCUUAACACCUCAGAACUGGCUGUCAUCCAGAACAAAUACCACAUUGGCUUCCAGAAACUUCCUUUUUGUUAAACAGUGUCAUUUUUAUUUUA